AUGCUGAUGUACCAGCAGGAUGAGGAGGAGAGCGCUGAUGGCGUCGGCGGCGGCGGCGGUGAGGCAAGAGCUGGCCAAGGUUCGGCUGGUGCUGCUGCCUCUGGCCACCACUCCGAUUCGGGUUCAUCCCGCAACUCCUCGGCCUCCUCCUCGGCUUCCUCUUCUUCCUCCUCCUCAGGAAGUGACUCCUCUUCAGGUUCAGAUUCCAGUGACCAUGAGGAAGAGGACUCUUCGCUGAACAAGUCUGCUGAGAAGGGACAGCAGCAGCAGCAGAAGCAUAGCAGCGGCGAGGACGAGGACAGCCGAUCACAUCGUCUGCAGUCCUCGCCACCAGGCAGUGAAGACUCCGAUGCAGACUCAAGCGACGGCGGCGGCGGCGGCUCACCAAAACAACUGUCCAUCAGCGCCAGCGCCGCCGCAGCUGCUGCCGCCUCUGGUGGUGGCGGCGAUAUUGGUGGCCUUUCUUCUUCGACGACGACGACGAGUCGUUCCAGAGAGAACACUUCGAAGGCGGAUUUCAAGGAGCUGUUGGAGAACUUUCCCGAUGCCCUGCGCCGCUCGGGCCGUUCUCGCCGGGAGCCGGAGCGCUUCCAGGCGGCCACACAUGGCUCUGAUUCAGAUGAUAAUGGCGACAACUUUGGCAGCGACGAGGACAACUCUCGAAGCAGCGCCCCCAAGAAGACCUCCUCCCGGCGGACGGUGAACACGAAGACCAUUAGCUACAAGGAGGACAGCGACUACACCGACGAGGACGACCUGGUUCCGGUGGGUGAUGGAACUUCUGCAGAGCAGGAAACAGCUGCUCCUGCUCUGGACGAAAACGGCCAGCCCAUAGCUCUUCUACCUCCCGAAGAGGAGGGCGAGCUGAUUGAGAAGAUCCUCGAGCACCGGAUGGGCGUGAAGGGGGCGACCGGCCUCAAGACGACCCGCUACCAGGUGGAGGAAAAUGGAGAUCCGAAUGUGAUCGUCAAGAAGAAGAAGGAAGUCGACACGGAGGAGGGGGAGCGGGAGCUGCAGUUUCUCAUCAAGUGGAAGAACUUUAGCUACAUUCACUGCACUUGGGAAUCGAAGGAGUCGCUGGCGGCGGAGAAGGCCCGCGGCGUGAAGAAGAUUGAGAACUAUAUUAAGCGAGAGGAGGAGAUUAAGCACUGGCGAUCCUACGCCUCUCCCGAGGACAUUGACUACUACGAGUGCCAGGAGGAGCUGAAUGAGCAGCUGAGAGCACUUCACUUAAAUGUCGAACGCAUCAUCGCCCACCAGCUGCCAAACACUGCUGCUGCUGCUGCUGCUGCUGCUGCUACAGGCCUCAACGAAAACAACGGUUCCGACACCACAGCAACCUGCCACCCGGAGUACCUCUGCAAGUGGGACGGCCUCCCCUACAGCGAGUGCACCUGGGAGGAGGGCGCCUUCACCCAGCGCCGCUUCCCCGCCAAGGUCGCCGAGUACUACGCCCGCCAGAAGUCGCAGAACAUUCCGCACAAGUUCUGUCGGGCGCUAAAAACGCGUCCUAAAUUUGUGCCCCUCAAAGCUCAGCCCGACUUUAUAGGCGGCAAGGAGAAGAUGGUCCUGAGGGAUUAUCAGCUCGACGGCCUCAAUUGGCUAGUGCAGAGCUGGUGCAAGCAGCACUCGGUGAUCCUGGCAGAUGAGAUGGGCCUGGGGAAGACCAUUCAGACCAUCUCCUUCUUCAACUACCUCUACCAUGAGCACGAGCUUUACGGCCCUUUCCUGUUGGUCGUUCCCCUCUCCACUUUAACUGCCUGGCAGCGGGAGUUUGAAAACUGGGCGCCGGAGAUGAAUGUGGUGGUCUACCUGGGCGAUGCCGUCUCGCGGAACAUGAUCCGCAGCUACGAGUGGGCCCACCCAGGAAACAGUCGCCUGAAGUUCAACGCCCUCCUCACCACCUAUGAGAUUCUCCUGCGGGACAAGGCCUUCCUCUCGCCGAUUCAGUGGGCCAGCCUGGCGGUGGACGAGGCCCACCGCCUGAAGAACGACGAGUCCUUCCUCUACAAGUACCUCUUUGAGUUUCAGACCAACCACCGCCUGCUCAUAACCGGAACGCCCCUUCAAAACUCCCUAAGAGAACUGUGGGCCCUCCUGCACUUUAUUAUGCCCGACCGUUUUAGCAGCUGGGAGCACUUUGAGGCGGAGCACAAUGACUCCUACUCGAAGGGCUUCAGCAAACUGCACGGGCAGAUUCAGCAGUACCUCUUGCGGCGGGUGAAGAAAGACGUCGAGAAGUCGCUUCCGGCGAAGGUGGAGCAGAUUCUCCGCGUGGAGAUGACCACCGUGCAGAAGCAGUACUACAAGUGGAUCCUGACGAAGAACUACAAGGCCCUGUCGAAGGGGGUGAAGGGCAGUCUGAGCGGCUUCACCAACAUCAUCAUGGAGCUGAAGAAGUGCUGCAACCACGCGACGCUGAUCAGGCCAAUGGAAGACAGUGGCCUUCCAAAUGGCAGCUCGCUGGACCAGCUGCAGCGGCUGAUCAGAGGCUCGGGGAAGCUGCUGCUGCUUGAUAAGCUCCUCUGUCGGCUGAAGGAGACCGGUCACCGGGUGCUGAUCUUCUCGCAGAUGGUGCGCAUGUUGGACAUUCUGGGGGAGUACCUGUCGCUGCGACGGUUUCCCUAUCAGCGGCUGGACGGGUCGAUUCGAGGAGAAGUGAGAAAGCAGGCGCUGGAGCACUUUAAUGCCGAGGGCUCGGCCGAUUUCUGCUUUCUACUCUCUACCCGAGCUGGAGGCCUGGGAAUUAAUCUCGCCACGGCGGACACCGUCAUCAUCUUUGACUCGGACUGGAAUCCGCAGAACGAUCUGCAGGCGCAGGCCCGGGCCCAUCGAAUUGGCCAGAAGAAUCAGGUCAACAUCUAUCGGCUGGUGACGAAGGGCAGCGUCGAGGAGGACAUUAUCGAGCGGGCGAAGCGGAAGAUGGUCCUCGACCACCUUGUGAUCCAGCGGAUGGACACCAGCGGGCGGACGGUGCUGCAGGCGAAGAGCAGUGAAAACUCCUCAAGAGGAGGAAAUUCUUCAUCUUCAGUUGCUGCUUCGGCAAAUUCUACGACGCCCUUUAACAAGGAGGAGCUGUCGGCGAUUCUCAAGUUUGGCGCUGCGGAACUGUUUAAAGACAGUACUGGAGGGGAAGAAGGCGGAGAAGAGGCGGAACCUCAGUGCGACAUUGAUGAGAUUCUAAAAAGGGCGGAAACACGGGAGGAGGACGACGGGCCGCAGACGUUGGGCGAUGAGCUUCUGAGCUCCUUCAAGGUGGCCAGCUUCAACUUUAAUGAGGAGGAGGAUGUGGCGAAUGCGGUGGCUGCUACUUCGACUACCUCAGUUGCUCCAACGGACUCCAAAGACUGGGACGAAAUCAUCCCCGAAGCGGACCGCCUGAAGGCGGAGGAGGAACAGCGGGCAAAGGAGCAGAUGGAGGUGCUGAUGGUCGGCCCCCGAAGUCGAACUAAGCAGCAGCUUCACCAGGCGGGACAACAACAGGUGAAAGGAUCUGAUUCAGAGGAAUACGAUCCCAAUCAGAAGGAAUCAGGGUCGGAGGAUUCGGAUGGAGGAACAGGAGGUGGUGGUGGAAGGUCUCGAAAAUCGCGGGGCCGCCCCUCCUCGGGAAAGAAGGAGCCGAUCAAGGGCUUCAGCGAGGCGGAGAUUCGCCGCUUUGUGAAGAGCUUCAAGAAGUUUGGCGCCCCCCUGAAGCGGCUCGAGUCGAUUGCCAUCGACGCGGAGCUGCAGGAGAAGCCGCUGCCCGACCUGCAGCGAAUUGCCGCGCAGCUGCAGGCGGCCUGUGAGGCGGCCGUCAGUGAGUCGGAGAAUGCGAGGAGUGAGGAGGGUAAGAAAGCGAACAACCGCGGCCCGAGCUUCAAAUUUGGCGGCAGUGUCACCGUUUUUGCCCGGACCGUUCUGAGCACGCAGAAGGACCUGGAGCCGCUGGAUGAGCUGCUGCCGGCGGAUGCCGAGGAGAGGAAGAGAUGGGUCCUGAAGUGCAAGCUCAAGUCGGCCAGCGGCUGGGACUGCACGUGGACGGUGGAGGACGACUCGAGGCUGCUGGCCGGUGUUUACGAGUACGGUUUUGGCAGUUGGGAGGCCAUUAAGAUGGACCCCAGUUAUAAACUGAUGGAAAAGAUCCUCCCCGACGGCAACGACUCUAAGCCGCAGGCGAAGCAGCUCCAGGCUCGAGUGCUCUACCUUCUCAAGGCAAUGGCUCGCCUGAUCAACGCCAGCCAACCGGUCAUUAUCACCGGCUCGGGGAAGCAGGUGAAGGCCUCAUCGCUGCUGUCGAAUGAGGCCUCUGCGGAUGGGUCCUCUCCGCUUAAAAAGAAGAAGCGGUCUAGAAAGGGAAGUGGAGGCGGCGGAAACACUAAAGAGAACAAUGUCGCCGGAAGCAGCAGCAGCGACCGGGAGGGAAAAAGUUCAUCUUCAAAGAAGAGGUCUUCGAAAAAAGACGGCGAUGACUCGAGCAAGCGGAAGAAGAAGAAGAAGGACAAGGACAAGGAGAAGGAGAAGAGCAAGGAGAAGAAGCGGAAGGAGAAGCGGAAAAAGUCGGACAAGGCCUCAGCUGGCGAAGGUGAUGAGGACGAGGGCGACGAGCUGGAGCUGCCGAAGGCGGUCUUCAACGAGUGCAAGGAGAAGAUGCGGGCGGUGAAGAAGGCCCUCAAGGCGCUGAACAACAUUGGCGACGAUAAGCGGUCGAAGAAGGAGAAGAAGCUCUUCAAUGAGUACAUUAAGGUCAUUGGGGCCCACAUUGACCGCUGUCAGCGGGACUAUGGCAGCGGCGGUGGCGACA